AUGGCCAUAUCUCCACAAGCAUUCCCGCCCAGAAAACGCCGGCCUUCUGCGGGGGCGUUCAUGUCGCCGAAGUUCUCCGAUCAGAGCCUCCUCCGCUGUCUCCUCUCCAUCUGCCAAGAAAUCUCCUCCCUCGAACCUCUCCGCUUCCUUCUCCGACGAACCUCCCUCUCCAUGAUCCGCAAGACCAAUCUUCUCUCCAUGCUCUUCGAAGACCUCGUCCGAAACUCCACCGCCGCCUUCUCUCCCUCCUCCCUGCUUUGCUUCCAGGAGCUCUACAUCCUGCUGCAGAGGAUCCAAACUCUGAUCGAAGACUCAUCCCACGGGAGCAAGAUGUGGCUUCUCAUCCAGACCGAGUCCCUCGCCAACUGCUUCCACGAGUUCACCCUCGACCUGUCCACCUUGCUCGAUAUUCUCCCCAUCAAGGAGCUCCGAUUAAACGACGACGUAGAGGAGGUCGUUUCUCUGCUCCGAAACCAAUGCUCGCGGAGCACGACGAAAUCGUUCGUGGAUCCCCUAGACGACGAUCUCAGGCGCGAGGUCUGCACCAUGCUCGAUCGCCUCAAGAGCGAGAUCGUCCCUGACCAUUCCAGGCUCUCCAAGAUUUUCAUCCGAUUAGGGAUCGACAGCUCUGCGAGCUGCACAGAGGAGUUCGAGAGUCUUCAAGACGAGUUUCAGAACCAAACAGAGGAGAAAUCCAAAUCGCAGCUCAUCGCUCUCGUCGGACUCGUCCGCUACGCCAAGUGCGUUCUUUUCGGAUCCUCCACUCCUGGAUCCGAUUUGAUCCGAAGAAAAUCAUCAUCGGAGCUGGGUUUCCCGGUGGAUUUCCGGUGCCCGAUCAGUUUGGAGCUAAUGCGGGACCCAGUCGCCGUGGCAACAGGUCAGACAUACGAUCGAGAGUCGAUAAAGCUAUGGAUCGAGUCAGGUCACAACACGUGUCCCAAAACAGGUCAAACCCUGGCCCACACUGACCUCAUCCCUAACCGCGCAUUGAGAAAUCUCAUCGCCAUGUGGUGCCGGGAGCAAAGAAUCCCUUUCGAAACCGCGGAGAAUAAUAAGGGACUGGUCAACGCCGUCAAAAAGAACAAGGCGGCUCUCGAAGCCACCAGAAUGACGGCGUCGUUUUUGGUUAAUAAGCUUUCGGUUUCUCAGUCAAUGGAGGCUGCAAACGGCGUCGUCUACGAGCUGCGCAGUUUGGCCAAGACAGACUCUGAUUGCCGCGCCUGCAUUGCCGAAGCCGGAGCUAUCCCAUUGCUUGUACGGUACUUAAGCUCGGACGUCGGCGGGGCCCAACCUAACCUCCAGGUAAACGCCGUGACGGCGAUUCUUAACCUCUCCAUUUUGGAAGCGAACAAGACCCGGAUUAUGGAGACGGACGGAGCUCUUAACGGCGUCAUCGAGGUGCUGCGUUCGGGAGCCACGUGGGAGGCGAAGGGGAACGCGGCGGCUACGAUAUUCAGCUUAUCGGGUGUGCACGGGUACAGGAAGAGACUGGGGAGGAAGACACGUGUCAUCAAGGGGUUGUUGGAGUUGGCGAAAGAAGGGCCCGAGCAUGGGUGUUUUAGAAGGGACGCGAUGGUGGCCAUAUUGAAUUUGGCAGGAGAGAGAGAGGCGGUGGCGAGGUUGGUGGAAGGCGGGGUGGUGGAGAUGAUCGUACAAGUGAUGGAGGGGCUACCGGAGGAGGCGGUGACCGUGUUGGAAGCUGUGGUGAGAAGCGGCGGGAUAUUGGCAAUCGCGGCGGCAUACUGUGCGAUUAGGAAAUUGGGGUGUGUGUUGAGAGAAGGGUCGGAGAGGGCGCGGGAGAGUGCGGCGGCGACCCUUGUGACGAUAUGUCGAAAAGGGGGCUCGGAGAUGGUGGCUGAAUUGGCUUCCAUGCCGGGGAUUGAGAGGGUAAUAUGGGAAUUGAUGGGGGUGGGGACGGUGAGGGCAAGGCGGAAAGCGGCGUCGUUGUUGAGGAUUCUGAGGAGAUGGGCUGCGGGUUUGGAUAGUGAGGUGGCGGAUGAAGGGUAUUCACAAGUUGUGAGUUCAUCAAUAGCAGCAACGACAACUGUUGCUGGCUAA